AAAUAUAAAAUGUAAGAUGUUUAGAAAGUUGACAGUAAGUUAUUUCUAUAAGCUUUCAAUAUGAAGGUAUGUAUAUACGUAUUUGUAUAUUGAUUCAUAGAUAUAUUCGUUGUAGAGCAGUAUACUUAUUAGUUAUUACAAUACUCCUCUCACAGAAGGAUUCAGUAAAUCUUAUUAUUUUUCGACACUUUGCAUACGCAUUUGCCAUCCUUUCCUCUCUUCUCUAUUUGAGUUAUUUGAUAUAUCAGCUUGCAACAGAUUAUCCCCUUCUGAAUAUAAAAUAUGAUUUCUUAGAUACAAUACAUGUUCCCAAUAUAAAAAUGUGUUCCCCAGGGUAUUUUGAGAUGUUAGCCUGCGAUUACAAGUUGAAUAAUAAUAUAGAAAUACCAGGAUGCUUGAGAUAUAUCUCAAACAUCACUUAUAAUAGUGGUGACCAAAGAUAUUGCCGCACUUUCAAUUCGGGCUUAAAGUACGUACGUGAAAAGCCAGAUGGGCUGAAUAAGUUAAAAUUUUAUUUCAAAAUAAACACAACAGAAGCAGAAGCUGAGGAACUUGGAGUGGCUUUGAUUACAUUAGAUUUUAUACCACACAAUUUCAAUCCAUUAUUGAAGAUGGAUAAAGCUGUUGAAUUACGUCUUCAGCUUCAAGGAAUCUUUGUCCCUGCAAUUGUUGACAGAGUUUCACUGGUAAAAUUUAGAACAAAAAUAUACAAUAGCAUUCCUCCUUGGAAUUUUGGUUCUAUCUUUGGAUUACCUCCUACCUAUCACAGCACACCAAGUAUAGAAUGUUUGGUCAAUUACUUCGAAUUCAACAAGAAUCCAUUUAAUAUGCCAAUUGGAACAAAUGGCUACUUCAGUAUUAGUCCAGGCGACUUUAUAGUGGAGGAGACUAGUGAGAAACGGUAUUGUCAUGAGUACCCUUGCAUUUCUCUUUGGAUCACCACGACUGGUUUUGUGAGAAGGAUAUCUAUAGAUAAAUGGUAUCUUCUGCGAACUUUUAUACCACAAGAUGAUGACAAUUUACUCAAUGAUGAAAUUGACCUUGAAAAAUACUUGGUUAUUCAUAAAAAUUUGUCCAAAUUGGAAUGA